CUGGUCGGUCGCGCUAGCCUACGAUUAUUGCAAUUUGUGAGCAACAACGCAUCACCCAAAUGGGUCCAAACAAUCAAGUUUGGUCCCAGCUGAUCCUCCACUUGGGACUCGUUUCAGUCGUUUGGGGUCUCCGAGGAGAGCAUGCUGGUGUUCUCGCAGCUCCAGCUGGUCUGGAACUCGUCGUUCCAGGCUGGAACACAGGGAUCUGGAAGUUCUCCAUCCGCACGCUUCAACAUCAACGUGCCGGUGCUGCAUGCAAGCUGGUCAACAAACGACAAGCGAGGGCGAAAGAGCUGGAGCCGGAGGUAAGUCGACCGCGGUUUCCCUGCCCGGCGCAUCGCCCCAUGCAAAGAUAUGCAUGCCCAAACUCAAAACUGGUCGUGUAAAACUCAGUUCGAAGUUGCAAAUUUGAACGCGGCUCGUGUCAAACUCACAGCGACAAAUGAAUGGCGAUGAGGCCGCCGCUGCUUGCUUGGUUUGCUACCGAUCACCUUGGCUGUUGGUCAAUCCGCCGAUGCUGGCGCGAAAUUCGUGCACUUGUCAGCUGAUCGAUGGGCCAAGGCUCAGCUGAAGCUGGUGCACACUGGCACAGGAUGGGCGGCGUCCAAUCACUUCAGCUUGCGUACAUCACGACCCCGGAAGAUCCCGCCAGGGAUCAUCGGUAAUAUUGCGUAGACCGGUCGCGCUCAGGUUCGUUUCCUUUGUGGC